GAUGCUUCGAAUCUUGUUUGUUUUACUCGCAUUUUCGUGUUUAUCAUUUGCCAAUAAAAAAGUACUGAAAGUGCCGCUCUAUGCUACUGAAAAAGUCAAUGGAAGUGAUCUUUUCUUCGCCAGGAACUUAACCAAAGGAAGUGAGACCCUUCACCUAAAGCUACAGACCCACACAAACCUGGCAUAUUAUGGAAACAUUUCCAUGGGAACUCCGAAGCAACAUUUUAGUGUGAUCUUCGACACUGGAUCUUCGAACACUUGGUUGCCCUCUAUAAAUUGUCCCAAAAGCAAUUUAGCCUGUCAGAACCAUCGAAGAUACAACUCUUCGCGAUCUAGUACUUAUACACCUGAUGGACGCAACUUUACCCUGCGAUAUGGAUCUGGUAGAGUGGUUGGUUAUCUAUCCAAGGACACCUUGCAUUUUUCUGGAGCUGAUCUACCCGACGUGAUAUUCGGAGAAAGUCUAUUCUUGCAACAUUUUGCCUUCAAUACUGUGAGAUUUGAUGGACUGGUGGGCUUGGGUCUGGGAAUAUUAGCGUGGUCCAAUACGACACCAUUUUUGGAACUCCUUUGUGCCAAAAAACUGAUUGAGAAAUGCCUUUUCUCGGUUUACCUCCGACGACAUCCACCAGAUAUCCCCGGCGGAGAGAUACUCUUCGGCGGUUUUGACAAAUCAAAAUUUGAAGGAAAACUUCAUUAUGUGCCGAUAAGCCUAUGGAACAGUUGGAAUCUGGAAAUAACUAAAACAACCGUGGGAUCUAAACAAAUUGGUGGAAAAAUCAAUGCUAUUUUGGAUACGGGCACGUCGCUGAUUUUAAUGCCCCAAGAAUCGUACGAUAAUCUGCUAAAAGUCUUAUCAACUAGAGUAGAAAAUGGCUAUAAUGUACUGACAUGUGAGGACAAAACUUUGCCUAAUAUUAAUAUUCUCAUUGGAGGCAGAGUAUUUCCUCUAACAGCCAAUGAUUAUCUGAUGGAGUUGACACUUGGUCGUAAAAAGUUGUGUGUACUGGCCGUUGCUCCCAUUAAUAGGGGAUUUUGGGUUCUGGGAGAUGUCUUUCUGGGCCGAUAUUAUACGGUUUAUGAUGCCACGGCCAAGAGAAUUGGAUUGGCCAAGGCGGUGCGAAGGGGUAAAUAA